CUACCGGGUGAAGCGUCUUCCAAGGAGGAGACGAUCUUCGUCACAAACAUGGCGGCGUGCAUGUGAAUGUCAUGCCAUCUCAAUCUGACACUUGAAUCUGAGUUUUGGGGAGAUUCCAGCUGACAUGAGAGUGACAUCUCGGUGACUUGUGCCUCCGUUCACCCCACACGGCUGCAGAUCCGGUAACCGGUGACCUCCUUCAUCCGUUAGCUGCCGGCUCGUAGUAGCAUUUCAACUAAAGCAUCAGUGAACUACAAACUGAAGCACGAUGGAUCCUGACCAACAGCUCAGAAACCUGCGGGACUUCCUCCUGGUUUACAACCGCAUGACUGAGAUCUGCUUCCAGCGGUGCAGCAGCAACUUCAACUACAGAAACCUCACCAUGGACGAGGAGAGCUGCGUGGACAACUGUGCGGGGAAGCUGAUCCGCUCCAAUCACCGCCUGAUGGGCACCUAUGUGCAGCUCAUGCCACGGAUGGUGCAGCGGCGGAUGGAGGAGUUGGAGAGCAAAGCUGCGGAAAAUGCCAAGGCAGCAGAGGCAGCUGCUGCUGCUGCUGCUGCAAAUGCGGCGCCUCCUGCCACAGAAGCCGUGCCGGCACUCAUCACCUCAUCUCCGCCCCCAGAAUUACCUCCACCAUUACCGUCCUCACUAACCGAUGUCGGACCAGAGGCCCACGGCUCAUUUUUAAAGCCAGCUGGAUUAGAUAUUCCAGUUGAUCCACAAUACAUAAAAGGCACAGAUGUGAAAUUAUCGGCCGCCGCAGCGCUUACACCUGCGACUGAAGCAGUAAAACCGUCAGUGUUUAAUGACGCUGGCAAUGGACCGUCUUCUACUGCAGGCUUUCCUCAGGCGCCGAUAUCUGGUGCACAGAUUGAGUUUAAACCAGCGUCUUUAUCAGCAGAUGUGCCUGUGCCAACAAUAGCUGCACCUACAGUGUCUAAACCCAUAGAGAGCCCGUCAGGCCACGAGAAGGCUUCAGAGCCUCCGCCACCGUCAAGCCAGUAACAAUGCCCAGGCUUGAUCUGUCUGGGGUGGAAAACUGUUACCGAUAUGUCCCUGAUUCAUCAACCCACAUCUGAUGAGGAACUCAUCACUGGCAGUCAGAAAUGUUAGAUGAUUAAUAGAUUGACUUCAAUUCUAAAAUAACAUUUCAAAAACUGCUAUAUAUGAUAUCAUUAUGUCAUGUAACUCUCAAAUGUGAGCUCUAGCUGUUUUUUUCUGUUUUCAUAUCAUCUUGGAGGUUAUAAUUUCAGACUCAUGCAGGCUUUGUCAUUAUUUUUGUCUCAACAGUAACUAUAUUGAGACGUUCAUCAUGAAAAUCAACUCAAAUUGCAGUUUAGUUCCCUGUGAUCCAACUAUGAUUUGAAAAGCAAUUAUUUGUGUAUAGCAUAUAGACAUUUCUGAGCCGAUAUUACAAAGGAAGAAAUGUUAAUAACAAAAACAAAUGCAGACCUGUAUGUAAUGUUUGUGGUAAGAAGCAAGAAAACAAGAAGGAAGUUGAUCUGUGUGUGUGAGUGUGUAUAUGUCUGUGAGUGUGUGUUUUCUUUCAGUUUCUGUCUGAGCUCCACAAGCCUCUCCUGAUUAUUUUUGGACUUCAGUUUGGACUGGAGUGCUCAUUCUGACACCCUAAACACUCUCAGUCAUAAUGAUAAUUGUUUUGUAUGGUGACACACUAAACGCAGAAAUAAAGAUCAUCUUCAGUAAUAAAAACCUGAA